AUGCUUUGUACCGCUCGGUGUCGGACGGAGAUCACAACACCGAUAUCUUGAUUCUCAACGCGACAGUAUCAGUCAGUGUACAAUGAGCAGCCCGACUGCCUUCUACACCGACUCGGAAUCUGAAGCUGAAGGCAUGAGGUCUGGCUGUGUUUGAUUAGGGCUGCUUAGGCGUCGCUGAUUAAGGCUGAAUCCGCGUCGGAUAACUUCAGAAGACCCUCGUAUCCUUUUUUCACGCGAUCGUGGCGAGGUACUUACUACCACUCUGGGUUUUGUAGAGCAGGUCGGUUGCUAUUUUCGCUGUAUUCAAUGCGGCAAGGGGAUGGGAAUUCAGAGACUAUAAGAUGGAGGUCAUACAGCCCUUCAGUCCAUAGUUUCAUAAACAUGCCUUCCCUCUCUCUUGUCCUCUCCGCCUGCGCCCUAACUCUUGCCUACGUCGUAUACAAACGUUUUACUCGCAUUUCUCUCUCUCAUGUGAAAGGGCCUGAGUCCAGCUCAUUUCUAUAUGGAAACUUUCCCGAGCUCUUACAAUCACAGGCCGGAGAAAGAGAUUUUGAAUGGCAGAAGACCUACGGCGACGUUAUUCGCAUUCACGCACCACUCGGAGGAGAACGCCUCUUCAUCACCGACCCUAAAGCUUUGUCAUACAUUUAUCAGUCUGGUUACAACUUCAUCAAGUCGCCUAGCCGAAGUGCUCUAUCCCGCAUUACUCUUGGUCCCGGACUUCUCAAUGUUGAAGGCGAGCAACAUAGGCGCCAGCGAAAGAUUAUGACACCAGGAUUUGGAAGUUCCGAAGCAAAGGCCUUUGUCCCGAUAUUCUUGUCAUACGCCGGCAAGUUGGCAAACAAGUGGAGAGACAUGAUUUCUAUGGACGUAUCGGAGACGAUCAUUGUGGAUAUUCCUGAAUGGACGUCGCGAGCGACCCUUGAUGCGAUCGGUGAAGCUGCCUUUGAUUAUCAGUUUGGAGCUCUCGACAACGCAGAGAAUGAACUCGCGAACACCUACACCAAUCUCGUGUUCCACGUUUUCGGUAUUCCUAAACCCAAAGAUAUUCUGGCUUUGAGCAUUAUGGACAUGCUUCCGGAUUCGUUUGCUAGGUUUAUUGUCAGGAAUGCUCCUUCGCCUCGGUUCGAAGUUGGAAGGAGGACUAACAAAUUGACAACUCGGGUUGCAAAGCAAUUGGUAGCAGAGAAGUAUGCGGCUCUGAAAGAGGGUAAAGCGAGUAAAGACCUCAUGAGUCUGAUGGUCAAAGCCAACGCAUCAGGAAAUCCCGACAUGCGCCUAGAGGAAGAUGAACUUCUUGCUCAAAUGAACAUCAUUGUAUUUGCCGGGCACGAAACGACAUCGAACACACUCUCUUUCGCUCUGCUCGAGCUCGUGGCACACCCCGAGUGCCAGACCAAACUUCGCCAGGAAAUCCGAGAGACACAGCGCAAAAUGCACGCCGUUGGCAGGGACGAGUUUACCGCUGCUGAUUUCGACGCUAUGCCAUACUUGUCUGCUGUGGUCAAGGAAACGCUCCGCAUGCACCCAGUCGUGUACAACGUAUUCAGAAUCGCCACAAAGGAUGAUGUCCUUCCCCUCCACAAGCCCAUUACUACGAAGACUGGGGAGGUGUUGACCGAACUCCCAAUCCCGGCGGGUCUGCAGGUCAUCAGCUCAAUUGCCGGCUAUAAUAGGAGCAAAGAAGUUUUCGGAGAAGAUGCGGAUGUCUUCAAUCCUGAAAGGUGGUUACACAAGGAAGGGAAGCCCGCGGUGUCUCUUGGUGUUUAUGGCAACAUGUUCACCUUCGUUGGCGGACAACGAUCCUGCCUCGGUUGGCGUUUCGCUGUCAUGGAGCUGCACUCUUUUAUUGUGGAACUUGUCAACUCCUUUGAGUUUUCUCUUACUGAUGGCAUGGACCCUUCGCGCGUACGACGGGAAUCCUGCUUUAUCAUGAUGCCAACGAUUGAAGGCGAACAAGAGAAGGGGUCUCAGCUGCACAUGAAGGUUCGGGUUGCCCCGUCUGAUGAAGAUUAAGUAGGGAAAUUUCUUUCUAACUACCAAUAUAAUAACGAUAGACUAAUACUUGCAAUAAUGUGCAAUUUAUUUGACUCGAAAUCGAUAGGGCAUUCAUGUUACACCGGGUUGCAUCAGAAUCACACCUUCCGACGAU